AUGUGUGAAUCACAAGACAUCUUGGCUGUAAAUAUCUCAACUACAGCUACUGGGCUCAGCAAGGACCUAAUGCUUAUAAAUGUGUAUGACUCUCCUCCCAACUCAUCUUACAAAAUAAAAAAGCUCGCCUUGGGCUCGGAUGUAGACACAAUGGGGCAUACUCUUGAAUUCAUUGCGUCACUUAAGACCAAAGCGAUACUUCUAGUUGGGGACUUCAACGCAAGAACAGGUAACCUUAACGCAGAUGAAGCGGUUCAACCCUGCAAUGACGAAUUCACAACAGGUCAAAUCGAGUCCUACCCUUCUUACCACAAACAACGAGCAAGCAGGGACCCUGUCAUCAAUGACCGGGGUAAAAAAUUUCUAGACUUAAUUCAGAGCUGUAAUAUGUCUAUCCUAAAUGGAUCCACUCUAGGUGACAUAUUUGGCGAGUCGACGUCACACCAAUACAAUGGAACUAGUAUUGUGGACUAUAUGGCAUUAUCAAAUGACACACGACAUGUAAUCAAACAUUUCAAAGCCCUUGAGCUCUCCGACCUAUCAGACCAUCGGCCGCUGCUGUGCUCUUUGAAAUCAACUCAGAAAAUAAUAGACUCAGAAUCAGCUCUCAACCUUUAUGAUGAUGUACAAGAAAAGGUGCAGUGGAAUGGUGAGCAAUCAGCAAAAGAAUACAAAGCAAGGCUCCUUAAGCUAAGUACGCUUAAAACUAUCUCUGACCUUGUUGACGAAGCAUGUCAUUCUGAAGAAGACGUCCACAGUCUUAACCUUAGAUUAACCAGACUCCUUGUGGACAUCAACAAAGAUGUAGAGAGUCCCCGAAAAAAUCAUAUCACCAAGAAACGCAAGCCAAGAAUUCAGGCCAAAAAUCGCUGGUUCGAUGCAAAAUGCAUUAUACUGAAACGAGAAGUCAACAAGCUUGCCAGAAAAUAUGGAAAACAGCCUAGAAACGAUGUUAUACGCAUUGAGUACUACGCUAAGAAAUCCCCGGCAAAUCUGCUUGACCACUUCGAUCCAACUAAACUGCCACGCUUUAAACACAAGUCACACGAGUCUAAAGGUCCGCCAGAUGUCGAGGUAGUUGAAACUUUUCACGCGACUGAGACACAUACCCAAGCAGAAAUUAUCCCCGAACCAGAAACCAAGGGAUCUGAACAAGUAACUCCUGCAGACAUUCCUGCAUCCCCCUGCGUUCAGGAAGACAACCUAGAACAAGCACCCACCACCUCGACGACUGCAGAUCUCAUGGGGGCUGCCCCACUCACGGAAACACCUCCUGAUGCGGGACCUUCAACCACGAAUCAUCCGAACGAGAUAGAGCUCUCAGACCAGCUGAUACAAGACAUGCUUGCUGAAUCUAUACCUCAACAACAGCAAGAACUAGAGAAAUUGGAAAGUAAUACUGACAAGAAACUAUAUCCUAUAUGGAUCCACAAAUCGGAUUACCGCCCAAUCUCUCAGAAUGAAAGCGACGCCUUGAAAUCUGACAUGAUGAAGAACUUUCUGACUCUUGCGAGAAAUGGCGACCUCACAAUUGAUUUUCGAUUCACCUCGAAAUUCUCGGACCUUAAGUCCGGUAAGAUGAAACUAACAUCAGAAGUGCCUGAGGCUGCAGAGGCCAUUAAGCGGGUCUUAUCUAACAUGCCUUUUUGGAAGGUCUUGACCACGGAGGACCUGAACACACAGGAAGGCAAAACUUUCUGGGUGUUUGUUCCCUCGGUGUGCCACGAAUUCGUUGAAGACAACUCACUGAACGAGUUGAUUCGUGCGCACACCGGGUGGUUCUUAGAACCAAACGAUGUCCGAACUGCGUUACCCCCGAAGAAAAUUAAGGAUACUAGGAAUCACCUUUGCUACAUAUUCUUAUCCUAUAAAGCCCAGUGCUAUUUCUUAUACUUUGGAUGGAACAUAUCCCUUCUGGGAUGCACCCUGAAGUUACAGGAAUACGGCGAACGAAGGGACACCACACCAACACUUACUACAGACAACUCUCCUCAAGAUCUUGUAAAUUCACUAUCAACAUCAUCCCUGCAAUAAUUACUCGCCCUCAAACUGGAAUGAAUGAAACUUAUUUAUGUGUGCAUCCCCCCAUCAAGUGAUGGAUAUAUUUCAUUGUUACUUGUUUUUACAUAAAAAUAUAAUAAACUGUUAUGUGAUAAUUGGACUUUUUACAAGUUCUCUUGUAAAAUUUUCGUUACAAUUCAAUCUUAACUUAUCGACUUUAUCGAUCAACAAGUUGUAUUAUUCUCUGUCUCCUCUUCACUCCUUACCUCAAUUCAGUUCAGUCUCCAUCAAUGCAUUUAUACAUAUUUAAACUAGCACAAUCUAUUUACAUCUCCCGUAUAACACUUA